AUGGUUCAUUGGAGACUGGUUGGAGUGCAGCAAGACUUGUGAUGGUGGGAUGCGCACCGAGGGCCGUGCUCGCGUCAGGAGGAUUGGACCAUCUGAGGAGGAGACACUGGACUCCAGUGAUUGUUUAACACACCGACCUAUGGAGAAAGAGAGCUGCAACAACCAGUCAUGUCCACCUCAGUGGGUAGCUCUGGACUGGUCUGAAUGUACUCCAAAAUGUGGUCCAGGAUUCAAGCAUCGGAUUGUUCUAUGCAAGAGCAGUGACCUUUCUAAAACAUUCCCAGCUGCACAAUGUCCAGAGGAGAGCAAGCCUCCUGCUCGUAUCCGCUGUAGUCUGGGCCGCUGUCCUCCUCCCCGCUGGGUGACAGGAGACUGGGGCCAGGUAUGGCAGCCAGACAUGGGACCCUUUGAGUUACAAGCCUGA